GUCAAAACUCGCAAAAAGUGUAGGUAUCUGUCGUACGCAUUGGAUGUCGUUUGACAAAUUUUAGUUUUCCGAUUUUCUUUAUCAUUUACUAAUCGCUAAUAAGCAUUAGUUUAUUGUUUUUCUUCAUGUAAUUUCUACAGGGUUUAUUAUUUUUGUGAUCUUUUCUCUUAAGUGGUGAUUGAAAUGCAGUGACACGAGGAAUCUUAGUAGAAUCCUACACUUUGGGGAAAUAAAAGGACAUUUCAUGGGUUAGAACAGCAAUCACCACUUGUCCAAGAUGAGUAAAAUGUCGAAGAACAAGUUGAAUUUGACCCUGCCACCAGGGUCGAUUGACACAGCUCCAGCAGUCACUCCAUCCAACAUGACGCCUCAGCUUAAGUCUGCUACUGCUACUGAGCGGCAGGGCUUAGCUGGGAAGUCCAAGACAAGCAUUGAGGCUUUGACGGAGAGACUAGAACAGAUUGAAAUGGAUGACACCCAGAGGCGCCGAAUAGAGGUGUUCCUUUGCCAGAAAGAGAAGAUCGGAGAGCUUAGUGAUGAUGACUUUGAAAAGUUGGGAGAAUUAGGUCAAGGCAAUGGCGGAGUCGUGAUGAAAGUCCGCCACAAGUCCACCGGCCUCAUCAUGGCUCGAAAGCUUAUCCAUCUGGAAGUCAAGCCAGCCAUUAAGAAGCAGAUCAUAAGGGAACUGAAGGUGCUCCAUGAAUGUAACUUCGCCCAUAUAGUGGGUUUCUACGGAGCAUUCUACAGUGAUGGCGAGAUUUCAAUCUGCAUGGAGUAUAUGGAUGGUGGCUCUUUAGACUUGAUAUUGAAGAAGGCUGGAAGGAUUCCUGAAUCUAUUCUAGGAACAAUAACAUCAGCCGUGUUGAAAGGGCUUAGUUACCUUCGCGACAAGCACGCCAUAAUGCACCGCGACGUCAAACCUUCGAAUAUCCUCGUCAACAGUAAUGGAGAGAUCAAGAUCUGUGACUUCGGAGUAUCAGGGCAGCUUAUAGACUCCAUGGCCAACUCGUUUGUGGGGACCAGGAGUUAUAUGUCGCCGGAGCGACUCCAAGGCACGCAUUACUCGGUCCAGUCUGACAUCUGGUCUCUUGGCCUUUCGUUGGUGGAGAUGGCCAUAGGAAUGUACCCGAUCCCGCCGCCCGAUGCUAAGACCUUAGCGGCCAUCUUUGGUGGGCAGAAUGAGGAUCAUUCGCCAGGACAGGCUCCAAACUCCCCUCGUCCGAUGGCGAUUUUCGAGUUGCUGGACUACAUAGUGAACGAGCCGCCUCCCAAGCUGCCGGCUGGUAUCUUCUCCGACGAUUUCAAAGACUUCGUGGAUCGCUGCCUCAAGAAGAACCCUGAUGAAAGGGCUGACUUGAAAACGCUGAUGAACCACGAGUGGAUCCGCAAGGCAGACGCUGAGAAGGUGGACAUAGCGGGCUGGGUGUGCAAGACGAUGGACCUCAUGCCCUCCACGCCUAAUUCUAACGUGUCUCCUUUUUCUUCAUAAGCUGCAAGAAGUGCAUACUUUCAUCAGCGAAAAAGGGUCAAAACAUUUCCCAAGAGAAAGCGGGCGACACAAUCGCCGAAGACGCUGGCGGUGAAGAAUAGCUGCCCUGAGAACACGCGAUGACAGAAAACAGUGUGUCAACUCUAGAUACCAUUGUCCAGUACCAGAACGAGCCACAGCCAGGCGAACACUCCACAUCAUAGAGACGUGAUCCUACAUCCUUGAUACAAGCCUAUUUAGAAGUUCAUCAUUGACCUCAAUUUUCAACAUGGAGUAUGCAACACAUGAAGUGCUAAUCUUCUUCACAAGAAGUUACAAGUCUAAUGUCGUGUCUCUUUUGACGUUGCCGUGAUCUCUGUUCGCACAGAUACUACCGCAACUAACACUCCAUGAGU